UGGGAAAUACCCAAAAAAGUUCGACGAAUUCUAUUUUACUUGUUAUGCCAUUUCGCUGCUUGAAAUCUCAAUUUUCCAUGCGUAGAUCUGACAUUUCGCUCGGUAACGAUCUUCGGACUAUCCGUAUGUUAUCGUUUUUUCUUUUUUUCUUUUGAAAAAACAAAAAAUGUUUAUUUUGCUUUGGUUCAUGAGAAUUGAUUUAUCCCAAAGCGUAAUAUUCGGUUGCUUGUUUGAAGCCGAAGAUCAUUUCAGCCACGUUUUAGCUUAUUCUUUUCGUCGGAUUCACACUAUCUAUGGCGUGUAUUUGAUUAUUACCAGCUCUUGUUUGGAAGUCAGGUUCUGAACUUCUUCUUUUUCCAACUUUUUGGGAAUUUCAUUGGUUUGAAUAUGGAAUUGGGUUCAGGGAUACCGGGUGAUGGCAGGUGUCUUUUCCGGUCUGUGGUUCACGGUGCUUGUCUAAGAGCCGGAAAGCCCUCUCCGAAUGAAAGUCAUGAGAAGGAACUUGCUGACGAGCUUCGAGCAGCUGUAAAAAAAUCUCUUCUUUUUUAUGUUUUGUCUGUCACUGAGGGAAUUCAUGAGCCUUUUGUUGCAUUUUGCUUAAAAAGAUGGCAUCCCAUUUGGUUUCUACAGGUUGCCGAUGAAUUUAUCAAGAGACGAGCUGAUUCUGAAUGGUUCGUUGAAGGUGAUUUCGACACUUAUGUUGCGAAGAUGCGACAGCCGCACGUGUGGGGAGGGGAACCGGAGCUACUAAUGUCGUCGUAUGUGCUACAGUUGCCGAUAACCGUUCACAUGUGGGAUAAGAAGAAGAAUUGCCUCAAGGUGAUAGCUGAAUACGGUCAAGAAUACGGAAAGGAGAACCCGAUUCGCGUCUUGUACCAUGGCUACGGGCACUAUGAUGCGCUGCAGAGCCCUUCCGAUGGUCUGCAGACGAAGCUGAGCAAGAGAUGGUGAUGUUACCAUUGAUGGAGAACAUGCAAGAGGGGGAAUAACAAGUAUAGGAAAAAGGGAAGAUAUUAAUCACCUUGUUACUCUAAUGAAAUUAUCUGCCUCAUUGUUUAGGAAAAGUUGCUACACUUUUAACUGUAUUCCAUAGCUACUUCUUGGCACACACACUCAAUUUCUCAGAUAAAUGAAGGUAACAUAAUUUGACAUUUAA